CUGGCCAUAAAUGCUGAGAGUCAUUGGUGAUUCAGGACGCCUCAAUGUUUCUGAGAAAAAGAAAAAAGAAGUAAGGUUUAUUGACCCACUCUUCCUGCCAAGUCCUCCUCUUCAGCAGCUCAUGAAUAUUAAGUAGAUGUAGGCGCAAUAAGAGCAGCCUCUUGCGCCGACGCGGCCACAUUCAGCAUCAAGCAGGGCGACAUCUCCGGCGCUUCUAUCACACUUUUUUUGGGGCUGCGUCUGGGAUCGCACUGGUUUUGAUUUAACUUUUUUUUUUUUUUUUUAAAGAAGAACAAAAUGGCUUUGAGAGGACCUCUAUCCCGUCUUCUCAGAUCUCAACUCGGCCACACGUGCCAACAAAGCCGAGCGCAGUCCGUGGCGGUGCUGGGAGCUCCGUUUUCAAGAGGACAGAAAAGAGGAGGCGUGGAGCACGGCCCGAAAGUCAUCAGAGAUGCGGGUCUCAUCGACAGGCUCUCCGGUCUAGAUUACUCCAUCCACGACUUCGGCGACCUCAACUUCCACUACAUUGAGAAGGACGAACCCUACAUGGACGUCAAGUUCCCUCGCACUGUGGGCGCGGCAAAUAAGAUGGUGUCUGGCGCAGUGAGCAGAGCCGUCGGUGCUGGACACACCCUCGUCAUGCUCGGAGGUGAUCACAGCCUUGCUAUUGGAUCGGUGGCAGGCCAUGCCCAGCAGUGUCCUGACCUGUGUCUCAUCUGGGUCGAUGCUCAUGCGGACAUAAACACGCCGAUGUCUUCUCCAUCAGGAAACCUUCACGGCCAGCCCGUGGCAUUCAUGCUCAAAGAGCUGCAAGACAAGAUGCCAGAUAUCCCAGGGUUCUCCUGGACGAAGCCGUUCCUCACCUCGAGGGACCUGGUCUACAUCGGGCUGCGGGACAUUGACCCCGGAGAGCACCACAUCCUGAAGGACCUGGGUAUCCAGUACUUCACCAUGAGGGAUGUCGACAGACUCGGCAUCCAAAGGGUCAUGGAAGUCGCUCUUGACCACCUUUUGUCAAGAAAACAGCGACCGAUCCACUUGAGCUUCGACGUCGACGCAUUCGACCCGUCUCUGGCUCCGGCCACAGGAACACCAGUGAAUGGCGGUUUGACCUACAGGGAAGGAAUCUACAUCACAGAGGAAAUCCAUAACACGGGUCUGCUGUCGGUCAUGGACCUGGUGGAGGUGAACCCAACGCUGGGGGCCAACCCUGAAGCGGUGCAGGCCACCGCCUUGCUAGCGGUGGACGUCAUCGCCUCGUCUCUGGGACAGACGAGAGAAGGCGCUCGCGCAUCCAUCGACCAGAAUCCCUCUGUGAAGGACGACACGGAGCAGCUUUGCCUCUGAGAGCACGAAGCACAGCUUUGAACUUUGCCGACGUCGUCCCUGAGCAUUCCAACAGUAGCUUAAAAAAGGUUUUGUUCUUCUCUCUUCGCGGUUUAGAGUUACAUUUCAUGAUGUAAACUAACUUGUGUUUGAAUUCAUUUAUCUAUAAAAAGGGCUUUACAGAUUUGAGGUAAUAAGUUCACAUUGAUGGUUAUACUGUUAAUUUAAACGGCAAUAUUAAUCUAUUUGGCUCCUGUAUCUAAGAAGUGAUGUGUUAGUUGACACAGCCGCCACAAAUGUAUUAUGCAUUUGGUUUAAAAUAUGUAAAUGAUAAACUAAGUUUCACUUGGUUUGAAUCCCACAACCUAAUGUGGACUCUCACAACUGUUUUGUGGCUGUCGGUUACUGUGUUUGCACUUUGGACCAGCUGUGGUUACUGUAUUUUCUUUAGAGUUUACUUUUGUAUUUUCACUGUGAACAUGGCAGUACGUGUAUUGGCAUCCAGGUUUGACUCAAAAUGCUGGGGGUAAAAAACUAAAAAAACUAAACAAUUUGCCUUUAGGUUUGACCUGAUCUAAUGUUUGACUUGAUGUGGCCACUAAACGACUCCUGUACUUGCAACAAAGAGUGUAUGCAGUAUUUUGGUCUUCCAUAAAUAUGCUGGAAUUUUU